AUGCGAGUGUCAGAGGGCAGUCGAGCGGGUGCCGAGCCAAGAAAUGUGGGUCUCCGCCUGGAAAAUAUUCUAACGGUGAGAGCAUCGCUUACUGCCGCAGCGGAAAUUGCCAUCAAUCCAAAGGUGCCGAAGCAAAUCCGGCCGAAUCUUGGAAAGAAGUACUCGCCGAUCGACGACCCAAUUUUGGUAACUAAAUACAUAGAGAAGGCUACGUGGACAAGCAGGCCCGAGACGAGAGCACCAGUCAAGCCGUAUGCUGACGUGCCCAAGACCGGCAUCACACCCGUUCCAAGCCAAGCCAUGGCCUUUGCGGCUGAAAACCAGGGAGAGCCCUUCGGGAUGGACACGCUCCGGACCCUGGGAUUUCCUGUAUCUAUGUCGAGCAGCCAGAGGAAAGCAUCGUCCCUGGGACCACCGGAAUGGCCAAUGCGCAACAUCUCGGUACCG